AUGAAUGCCCCAGAAACCAUCUCCAACGGUUUAACGUCCUCGACGUUUUCGAAGAUUCCUCUCGACGUACUAUUGAACAUCCUCGACGAACUCGACUUGGGCGAUCUCUUCUUCUUCUCGCAGACAUGCAGGACCGUCCGCGGCCUCACCCACAAGGAUUGGCCCUCUGCCAUCGCCGGAAACGACCCUCAACAGCGACGCCAGCGAACGAACUUUUGGGCGAUACUCGCCUAUCAGUUGCCGAGACACUGGGUAUGCGAGGCCUGCACCAAACUUCACGUCAUACGUAGGGUGCAGUCCUUCAAUCACGGCGACCUCCGCUGUGACUCGAAUUUCAAGUCAGCCGACAUGAAAGUCCCAUCUCGUAUUAUGCAUGCAUAUGUCCAGAUGGCCCUGAAGCUCUCCCGGCCGGAGAACCACUACAGCGCGUGUUACGACGGCCGCACAACUCUCGUGCGCGCUUGGUACGACUUCGGGGCCUACUCUUCGCCCGAGGAUAUCACGUGGAAGGCCCACGUCGACCGAGACCAUAUCUUGUAUCACGAGCCUGGAAGUAUUCGGGAGAAAUGGGAAGAGCGUGAAGAAGUUGGUGGUAGAGACGGCACCGCGAAUCCUUCUUCGUCUGCCGGUGUUGGGAAAUCGUACCCGUGCCAUAGAGGGGAUGAGGUUGAUGAUUUUGCUACAGCAAUAAUGGGACUUGGCCUCGACGAUGAGUUGUAG